AUGCGUCGCGUCUCAACCGCUGCCCGCCGUCCGCGCGUCGUCCCCGGGCGUCUGUCGCCUCCGCGUGCGGUCCCCGCGACGAUCGCCCGCCCGUCGUACGUCGCACGCGGCGGACUGUCGACCCCCCCGCCGUAUAUCCCCAUCCUAACCGCCGACCAGCAGCAGCGCCUACGCGCCGCCUGUGCACUGGCGAAAGCCGUCCGUGAGUUCGCGCAGCCGCUGUGCCAAGCGGGCGCGACGACCGACGACAUCGACCGCCUCGUGCACGAAGAGAUCGUGCGCAACGGCGCGUACCCCUCGCCGCUGGGCUACGGCGGCUUCCCCAAGUCGCUCUGCGCGUCGGUGAACGACGUCGUCGUGCACGGGAUCCCCGACAGCCGUCCGCUCGUCGACGGCGACCUCGUGAACAUCGACGUGUCGGUCUUUUACGACGGCUUCCACGGCGACACGUCGCAGACGUUUUGCGUGGGCGACGUGGACGACCGCGGACGGCACUUGGUCGACGUCACGACGCGCGCGCUCGUGGGCGCUAUCGCGCACUGCUGUCGACCGCAGCAGCGCUUCCGGUCCAUUGGCGCGUUCGUGCACGAGAUGGCCGACAACGAGCAGCUCGGCGUCGUGCAGGAGUUUACGGGCCACGGCAUUGGCGAAGAGUUCCAUUGUCUGCCGUACGUGCUGCACCACCGCAACGACGAGCGGGGGACGAUGCGGCCCGGCAUGGCCUUCACGGUCGAACCGGCGCUGACCGAAGGCAGCCCUGAGAUUGUGCGCUGGGAAGACGGGUGGACGAUCGCGACGGCCGACGGCGGGCGGUCGGCUCAGGCCGAGCACACGGUGUUGAUCACGGACGACGGCGUCGACAUUCUGACGUAG